AUGUUGUCAUUGGCUGCUUUCAUUUUCAUGGGUGUUGGUGUUCUUCUUGUUUGCCGACGAUUCAUCGCCAAGAAAACCCCAAUGGCCACCAAACCGGGUGGCGUGCUCUUCAGAAUCGGGUAUUUCUUGUAUACCAGAACAAGACUGGGUUAUUUUUAUCACUUGAAAAACUUAUCCAAAGCACGAGAAAAAUUUCCCCAGGGUCACUCUGUGGUCACCCCGCAGGAAUUCAAUGGUUUACGGAUAUGUCCCGUUGCUAUGCUAGAUGACAACUAUUCCUAUGUUAUUGUUGACACUGCUGAUAAGGUUGCUGUGGUCAUUGAUCCCUCUGAUCCGGAAGCUGUCCAGCAUUGUUUACAAAGAGAAAAUGUAACCCUGCAAGCAAUAUUAACAACCCAUAAACAUUGGGACCAUAGUGGUGGAAAUUCAACAUUGAAAUCAAUAUUUAGAAAUAUUCCAGUUUAUGGUAAUCCUGUUGAUUCUAUUCCAGGGAUGACAAAUCCUGUGUCACACGAUGAAAAGCUCCAGAUUGGAAACCUCACUUUUACUGCAAAAUGUACUCCUGGUCACACUAUUGGUCACACAGUUUACUUAUUAGAUGGUGCAUCAUUCACAGCUCCAGAUUGUCUAUUUUCUGGAGAUGUUUUAUUCAUUGGUGGUGCCGGUAGAAUGUUUGAAGGCAGCCCACUCACUAUGCUAAGAUCCCUUGACAGUGUAUCAGAAUUAGAAGAUCAUGUUGUCAUCUGGCCAGGACAUGAGUAUGCAAGAGAUGAUUUGAGAUUUGCUAUCAGUAUUGAUCCUGAUAACCAAGCUUUACAGAAUAAGCUAAAAUGGGUGGAAGAAAGGAGGAAAGAGAGAUUGAUGACAUGUCCUUCAACAAUUGGCGAUGAGAAGACUUACAAUCCCUUCUUACGAACAGCAAAUGAAACCAUACAGAACACAUUGGCAAUAAGGUCAGACACAGGCGAAGUUGAAAAGAUGCGUACAGAUACGCUAGCAGAAAUCAGACAUAGAAAAGAUACAUUUUCAUACAGACUCUAAUAGUGUGUGCAUCCUUCUGUGGUUAUGGUUUUGAUAAAUCAAGCAAAAAC